GGCGCUAGCCGCUGGUUCCCUGGCGACGUUGCUUGCGUGUCUGGCGAGACUGGCGUGGUUGACUCGGAGACUUGAGGGUGGUUAUUUGGGCACUCCCGGGUUUGGAGCCGGCUCUUCGAUCUAUCCGUGCCUGGAUCUCUCAAGGCGGGCCUGGUUUAGUCCGGUCAUGACCCGAGCUGACAGCCCGUGCAGUCCAGAGUCUGAUAUGGCGUGGAUGGACGCCCAUUUCCGGUGCUAUAGAUUAUAGGGGGCACAAGGGGUUGUCUGGCGGAAUUCCGCCCACGGCUGGACCCACCAUAAGCGUAAGAUCGGGCAGCUGGCCCAAUCAUUGGCGGGCCAGUCGAGCUCUUGGAAUCUUUCUACAUUGGUUUAGAGAGCGAGGCUUUGUCUUGCUGUUCAAGCAUCCAAUUGUCCAUCGUCAGCGUAUUUAGGCGUCAGAGGCUAGGUUUUCUUUCUGAUUAUCGCUUCGCUCCUCAGCCGAACCCGGAAUCUGAGCAGGCGCCCUGCCAGUUGGGAACUACAGUCCACAAAGCAGCAGAAUGUCGUCCUCUCUUUCGUCACGGGAGAGAGAUAAUCCGCCGCCACGGCGCAAGGCAUGCGUCGCUUGCAUCAAAUCGAAACGGCGAUGCGACGUGGGUUUGCCUGCAUGCCAGAGAUGCCUGCACAGACAGAUCGAGUGCGUGUACGAGCCGGCUGUCGUACCCUUGCGCACAGAUCGGCCGGCGCGGCAGAGACGACAGCACGCGGCCAAGCGGGCUGGCGGAGUCGCGGCAGCGCCGUCGUGCCCUGCUAUGACCGCUCUAGAGAAUAUGGCGGAUGUGCUCCCUUGGGACGACCUCCCAUCUCUUGAAUCUCCCCUUAUUGAUCUGGAGCUUUUUUCGGCUUACACGCCGUCGGAUAUCCUAGCAACAGCUUCCCCAGCCGACACUCUUUUGGCUACUGCUGAGCCCUUGGAAUUCACCAUGUUCCAGGACGCAGACAGCCUUCUGGACAGCCUCAUGAUGACUCCCGCCCCUCCGGCACAGAAAGACCUCGAGAUUUACCGGGCGCCUAUGCAGCAACCUAUGCAGGAGUUCGAAAAAGGCACAGGCAAGCUGCAGUUCGACUUCCCAGCAUACCCGACCAGCCAGCCGGGCCCACCCAUCCCCUUCCACAUGACCAAAAUCUUCCGUUCCCGCAUGAAAUUCGCCGUCGAGGAGCUCCGGCGCGCGCCCAGGCUGUUCCUCGAGACCACGGGCACGCCCUGGAUGCACCCCUCGCUGUACCGCGACCACAUGCCGCCAGCCGUCGAGGACGCCUACUCGGCCUGCGCCCUCCUGGCCGCCAAGAACGCCGCCAACGAGGCCGUCAUCAUGCGCUCCAUCGACCGUCGCGUGGCCGCGCUGGCCGCGACGCCGCUGCCGGGGGAGGCGCCCCUCAGCGAGGUCCUCGCGCGCGCGCAGGCCUUGAUCCUGUACCAGAGCAUGUACCUGCUCGACGAGAAGGCCUCCCAGCUCUCGGGCCGCACCGUCUCGGCGCCCGCGGCGGUCGCGCUCGAGGAGGUGACGUAUCGGCUGCUGGACAAGGUCGUCGAGGGCCUCGCCGAAGGCCAGUCCUCCCACGCGCAGUGCGUGGCCGCAGACGCCACCACCACCACCUGGCUGUCCCCGCCGGCCGGCCCGGCCGGGGACGGCGGCGCGCUGGAGACCUCUGCGGCGCCGACCGUCUGCUUGCAGAGCAUGGUGCCGCACGUGUCGGGGACGGAGCACCUGCCGCUGUACCCGCUGGGCCCGACGCGUGCCUUCUGGGAGCGCUGGACGCUGCACGAGUCGACGGCGCGCACCUUCCUGGCCGCCUUCUUCCUCGUGCAGCUGACGCGCCUCCUGUCGGGCGCGGACCCGGCGCCCUGCACGGCCCGGACGGCCCUCUGGAACCACUGGACGCUGGCCGCGCGGCUGUGGCACGCGGCGGGGCCCGUCGAGUUCGCGCAGGCGUGGAACGAGGCGGGCGGGCGGCUCUUUGUCGUGUCGCCCUCGACCAUCGACGGGGUGCUGCGCGAUUGCGGCGUUGACGACGUCGACGCCUUCGGCAAGAUGAUCUUCACCACCACGCUCGGGCUCGACGAGAUACGCGGGUGGUUCGCGUCCAAGGGGGGCGUUCUCUGAGUUUCGAUCCAAGUUGUGUUUUAUUUGUUUAUCCAAGGUAUUGCGCCCCCCAACCGAAAACACCACGCUAAGCCGACUCCUACACACUCUGCUCGUCGAGCAAACGUAGAAGAAAAAAAAAAAAAA